GGGCUGUCCAACUUAAUGUGGCCCAAGGGCCACUUCAAAAAAAUGCAGUUCGGAGGGCCGCAUUAUGAAAUCUUUCUAUACAACAUUAUUACAGAGUUAAUGUAAGAAUUGUGCAUAUUGGGUAUUUGAGAGUAAUUUAUACAUGUGAUGCGGCCCGCUUGCCGGCUGUCCAACAUACAGCCCGCGGGCCGCAUG